AUGAUAAACAGGAGCACGCUGUUGAACAGUACCUUGGAGAUGCUCACUGACAAGACCAUGCUGUAUGGCCUGCCUACUAUCUAUUUGUUGGUCUUUAUCAUCAGCACUCCUCUGAACAUCAUCUCCCUCUGGCUCUUCUGCUGCCGAAUGCGUCCGAAGACUCCAACUGUCAUCUUCCUCAUCAACCUGGCAGUCACCGACUUGCUCUACAGCCUGACACUGCCUUUCCAGGUGGGGUAUCACCUGAGCGGCAACAACUGGCAGGUGGGCAGUGUCCUCUGCAGCCUGGUCACCCUCCUCUUCUAUGGCAACUUGCACUGCUCGGUGCUGACCAUCACCCUGAUCAGCGUGGAGCGAUACCUGGGAAUCGUCCACCCUCUGCGCUUCUCACACCUCUGCACAAACAGAAUGGCUGGCUUUCUCUGUCUGCUCACCUGGCUCUUUGUCCUCAUCUGUAACUGCCCCUUCAUCUACACUGACUUGACCAUCUACAUCCAAGACCUGAACAUCACCACUUGCUUUGACGUGCUGCCCAAAUCCAUGUUCCCCGGGAUGGUGUACUUCUGCUUGUACUUCGCCAUGCAAAUAAUGCUGUUUUUCCUCUUCCCCUUCAUCACCAUGACUCUCUGCUACUGCAGCAUCAUCCGAACCCUGCUCAGGUCCCCCCCACAGCACGUCAGGGCAUCCCACAAACAUGUGGUCCGGCUGACCGUCCUGGUACUCCUGGUCUUCACCGUCUGCUACCUGCCUACCCAGGUCAUCUUGAUCAUCCAUAUGGUCAAGGCCAAUUGGGGAGGCUCCAUCUACGUGGUGUACAAACUCUCGCUCACCCUCAACACUCUCAAUGGCUGUUUCGAUCCCUUGCUCUACUACUUUGCCUCCAAGGAGUUCAGGAGACAUGUUCAGAGGUCCUUCUCGUGCUUCCCUGUCAACAACUACAAUGGGACCUCAAGCCACAUGGUGGAGUUAGUCAAUCCCAGAGCGACUACUUAAUGUUUAGUAACAAUCAUUG